AUGUACAGCUUCAUGGGAGGGGGUCUGUUCUGUGCCAUUGUGGCCAACAUCCUACUGGUGGUCUCCACUGCAACCGACUAUUGGAUGCAGUAUCGUCUCUCUGGCAGCUAUGCCCACCAGGGACUGUGGAGGUACUGCAUGUCCAAUAAGUGCUACAUGCAGACUGACAGCAUAGGUAAGGCAAUGUGUACCUUUUCUCAAAAGCGUCAUAUCUUUUUACUGAGGCAUCUCCUCAAAAUGACCUCACACCCAGGCCUCAAACCUGCUUACUGGAACGCCACCAGGGCCUUCAUGAUCCUAUCAGCCAUGUCAUGCUUCGCAGGCAUCGUCGCUGGCAUCAUGUCCUUUGCCCACUUCAACUCCUUUGAGAGAUUCAACCGCUCCUUUGUUGCUGGGAUCAUGUUCUUUGUCUCCACGUUCUUCGUUCUGCUGGCUCUGGCCAUCUACACAGGCGUGACAGUCAACUUCUUGGGGAGGCGCUUCGGCGACUGGCGCUUCUCUUGGUCUUACAUACUGGGCUGGGUUGGUUUGCUCAUGACCUUCUUUUCAGGUAUCUUCUACAUGUGUGCCUACAGGAUGCAUGAAUGCAGGAGAGGGGCUGGUCCGCGGUAG